UGUGACAGGUACAAGGCAGUGGCUGACGUGAUGCAGCUACUGGAUUCAGAGACAGCCUUAAUAAAAAUCAGCCACUGUAAGAAAGACAUAUUUUUCCCUUACGUGCCAAAGUACUGUCCUCUGUGUAGACAGAGUGUGAGCUGCAGGAGACUGGAAGAUGCACCUGUCAGUAUUCCCAGCCCUUUUGUUAAUGGGCACAGAGAAAAAUGCUCUUUUUUACUUAAGCCUACUUCAGGAACAUUUCUAAGAGGGUAUGAUGGAAAUUCUGAUCUUCAUGUUGGAAUAACCAGUACUAAUGGUUUGGUAUAUAAUUACAAUGAAACAGGGAUCAACAGAGGAGAACAUGGAUGGGAACAAUGUAUAAACGUGCCCCUAGUACAGCCUGACAUGUAUGCUUUACUCAAACAAUGGGAUACAUACCUAGAACAAUUCUCAGCAGCGGAGAUCUGGCGUCCAUACAGGUAUGAAGAGCAUGUUCACAACUGUUACACGUACGCACUAACAUUUAUUAACUGUGUGUUGAGUGCACAAGGGAAGCAGCAAAUGAAUAAAAGUGAAUUUACAGAGAAAUUUGUCAUUCCACGGACAAGGAAAGCUUCCAAGUACAUCACUGUCUACAAGGAAAUAUGCAAGAAUGGCUUCUACGUUGUGGACCGUCUUGAGCAAGAGAAUGACAGUUCCACAGAGAAUCGUUUAUUAUAAAAAAAUCAAAUACAGAUGACUGUGAAAGUAAAAUGCUUUCUGUUCCUAUCCUACUGAAACUACAGCAGUUGCAGGAAAUCCACAUUUACUUUGAAAGAAGCUCCACAAAGUUCAGUGUGGCUUCCCAAGUAUACAUAAGACUGCAAGCCUGAAACCUAUCGUAACAUUUCAGAAAAACUUCUAUCUUUCUAAACCCUGACUAGCUUUACAUGAAAUAAAAGGUUGCCUGCAUUUCUCAGGUGUUCAGUUUUUUUUGUGUUAUAAGUCAUCAGUGCCAACUUUUAAGGGCCACUGUCUGGAAAACUGCCAGUGCUCCAUUCUGCACUUGUCCAAAAUAUGCAGAUUAUUUCCUUUAAAAGCAUACAGCAUCCCACCAUUAUCACCUGGAUUUUCCAAUGACAUUAUGCCAUUUGCUUCAAGAACAGGAAGAAUCUGUUUGAUGCUCUGUAGUUUGUGAAAUGAAACAGUGUGAAGUGACCACCACACAGUCUAGAUGCCAAGGCUUGGUUAAUUCCUACUCCAGUAUCAUCACCAGAAGAAUACCAAAAUUUACAGAAAUACCAACAUAUGGAAGUGUUUUACAACAGCAGAAGAAAAUAGUCUUUGAUUCCAACACUAUGUUAGUACGUAUCCAAUAUUUGCGGAGUCUUAUUUUGUGACGUUAUUUUAAAAAAUUAUUAAGUUCACACAAAAAAAGAGCAAUCCAAAAGUAAAACUAUUAUAAC